AUGUCUUCAGCCAAUUCUUAUGUAUCACGAUUAUUAAAGAUAUGGAAACAAGCACGUUUACCCUGGCGUCAACGAGUAUUUGUAGGUUCAGAUUUGUUUGGAAACGAGUAUUAUGAGAGUCGUCAGCCUAUUAACGGACGAAAAAAACGGAUGGUCGAGCCGAAAGAAAAGAAGUCUCUGAGCGAAUAUGAUAGCGAUUCUUUACCUGUACAAUGGCAAAGUUGGUUAAGACAUACGAGAUUUGAACCUCCUACUAUAGAGGAAAUUGUUAUGGCUAACAAACGAAGAGAAUUGAUUAUUCAAAGAGCAAAGACUUUGGAUAAAGAUUGGGAACGGCGUAAAGAAGAAUUGUCACGUGGGAAAAUUCCUGAUAACCAAAAUUUAAAUAUGAAGAUG